CCUCCUCUAUUCGCACGAACUGAAAGCACCGUUUAUAAAAGCAGGUGCACCCCUCGGAAGACUCCGCCGAACGCCGCGAAACGGCGCCACCAGCAUCUCUCAAGCCCAAAGGGUCCCUUAUCGUCAUCCCUAGAGAUCCUUUCGGUCGUACGCGGCCGCCGAUACCAAGCUAGCCGGCGUUCGUUCUUACAGGGCAGCCUGACCAAACUUUCAUAUCGCCCUCGACACUUAUUAAGCGGUUCUCGUUUUCGGAGCACAACCUCGGAGCAACCCACCAGCGUCGUCUGCUACGAUUUUCUCCGUCGUCUGCUACAAAUCCCGGCGUGUUCUGUGAGCUCCGCUGUCGUCUGCAACGACGAAAUACCUUCAAAAUGCGAAAAGAUUUUGGAUUUGACAGCCACGGAACUCUUUCUGAGUGUUUCGUUUGUUGUUUUGUGUUGACUGCGGUGUCUGCCGCUGUCAUCCAGUCUCCUGCAGUCGGAAAUGAUCUCUCAACCGGUGGUAAUUCCCAGUGCAAGGAUUGCGCCGUCAGGAAGAUGUUGGAAGACACCGCAUCCGAUGAAUACCGUCAGGCGCGAAUCGAGUUCAUCAAGCAGCAGAUUUUGAAGAAGCUCAGGCUCAAACAGCCGCCAAACGUGAAAAUUCCACGGUCCAUCUUACCAACGAUUUUUGCCGAAAGCGAUGUCUUGCCUGAAAAUGAUGACGACGACGACGACGAUCGGAAGCAUUCGGGUGGCAGAAGAGUGGAUGAUUUUUAUGGGACAAUGAAAACGGCCGUCAUGUUCCCCGAAAACGGCACACACAUGUGCCCCUUCACUGGCCCCUAUCCAGCCAACUGCUUCAUAUUCAAGCUCUCUCCAGAAGUAACAAGCAGCAGAGUCUCCCAUGCUGAACUUUGGGCCUUCAAGCUUCCUGACGCGUCGCUGCGAAAGCACAGCUUCGUUGUGUCCGAACUGUCCUUCGAUAGUGAAAGCAAUCUCAUCCGAAAGCAAGUCGUUGCUUUUGAAACAAGUGCCAACGAGAGCGGGUGGUUCCGGUUCAACGUCACUUCUCAUUUGACGCAAUGGGCCAAUCAUCGGAACCCAUUUCGAGCCCUCGAAAUCGCGUGUGAAACGUGCGAUGCCAACACAUCAUCACUCGUCGGCAUCCGGGACGAUAAAAAGCCAUUCAUAUUUGUGCGGACUGACCCAUCGAGGCAAAUAGUUACGCGCGAACGGAGACACAUAAACUGUGAUCCGAGCAUCUCGAGGUGCUGUCGCGAGUCCUUCUACGUGUCCUUCGACGAAAUCGGCUGGAACAGUUGGAUCGUCCAUCCGGCAGGCUAUUCCGCAAAUUACUGCCGCGGGUCGUGCGUACACGACAUUAGUACAAAUAAGUAUCACCACACGACUGUGUUACAAAAGGUGCUGCUCAGCUCCACACAGACUCCCACGCCAAGCCUGAGCCUGUGCUGCACACCGUCGCGCCUUUCAUCGAUCUCACUAAUUUAUCUGGACAGCGACGGGACCAUGAAGCAGAAGAGUUUGCCAAACAUGGUCGUCGAGGCGUGCGAAUGUGCGUGAUGCUGUCACCAUGGGGGAGCUCGCCCCUGCUUUCUCACAGAAAUGAAUCUCGUCGCCACGAUUCAGGGCCGUAAUAAGGCAACACCGUGGUCGAGAUGCUGGCACGGCACCAUGUUGGAGUACAAAGAUGGUAUGAGAGUGCAAUCGGCUAUGCGGCUUUGUGAAGGACACUUAUUUGCGUUGUGCCAAAGCAUAGUAAUAUUUAUCUAAUUAAUGUCCCUGUGCUUCCCCCUACGUGUCACGUGGUGUCACCUGUUCAUAAUUUCUAGACAUUUUUUUUAAAAUAAAGAGUGAAAUGUUCAA